CGUCAUUCGAGUGAUUUUGAUUUAAUCGUGGUGGCAUUUGCUAAAUCAGUAGCUGGCACAUCGCGAGCUGAACGGGCACGACCAGAACGACGUGUAUAUCCGCAGUAAUGUCCACUACGUCGGAAUCCAGCAGAGUGGGCCUGGGCAAUGCGGCCAGCAUGGCGAAUCUGGCCAAGAUUGUCAAUCUUAUCGAAUCGAAUGUGAAGAGUGAGGAAGCGGAGGUGCUUGAGGAAGCGGUCAGGGGUUCAACCGGAACCGGAAGUGGUAGUAGCAGCAGCGUUCGCUUGGCCAGCAGCAGUGCGCCGCGUAGAAGUGCCUGUGCCACAUCGUAUGUGCCCAAGUCACCGCAGCUGGAGGAGAUUGUGUUCGCUGAGCCCACGUGCACCGAGCGAUUUGCUCGGUACUUUGUGAUCGUGAUCUAUCUGUGCGGUCUCUGCUGUCUGGGCUUCUUCCUGUCCAUCUACCACAUCUUCUUCUGGGACUCACGCAUGCCACCCGUUUACAAGGGCCAGAAGAAGGGACCUGCCUUCGGCUAGAGCAGCCUGGCUAUCCAUCCUUCCAGGCUAACCAUCAUUCACCACCAUCAAUAGCACCCAACUCAGAGAAACGUUCUUUCAUUUUUGAUAAAAUUGUGAUACCCGAAAAAAUAGCCAUUCGCCUCCUGAACUCAUCGGAAGUGACCGCGGAGCAGUUCUACAAACACAUCCUCGAGCAGUACCGCAUCCUCAGCCACAUGCAGCAGCAACGCCAGCAACUGCUGCAGCGCCAACAUCUUCAACUACAGCAAC